AUGCUUUGCGCACAAACAUAGUCAGAAAUUACUAGAUUUCAAGUAAGAAAAACUUUUCAGAAGCACUCAAAUUCCUUUGAAAAAAUAGCUAAUCCUUUUGAUUUAAAAGAUUUGAAUAUGUCUGGUAAGUAAACUAAACAAAAAUACUCAUUUUAUGAGGGUUUGUCUUAAACUAAAAAAUAGAUACUGAUAAACUCCUGGAGAUAAAAAGGUUCCAAAUAUGUUUUAGAUAAAAUAGAGAAGUUAAAACAAACUAAUUGCUUUAGGAGAUAAGAUCUUUUGAAAGGAGGUGGUAAUUGCUGCAGUAAUUAGAAUUAAUCUUUAGAUAAAUAUAGCAUUUACUAAGCUAUUGAUGAAGCAAAAUUUUAAGAGACAGAAAAUAAUCAUGGUAUUGAUGAGAAUUUUAAAAGGUCAUACAAUAAAGUGAGAAAAAAUACAUAGUUUAAACAGAUGGAGUAAAUUUAAGGAAAUGGAGAAUAAUCUGAUGAAAUAAAAAACAUUUUGCAGAGAUUGCUCCUGUGCAAUAAAGAUAAAAUUACAACUAAAGUAAACACUUAUAGAUUUUAUACUAUUGAAAUGUUUAAUUUAUGCAUGAGUUAUAGCUUAAGUGGAGUUGAUUGCAUACGCUUAGUUGAUAAUAGACAAAUAAUAGAUUUGUUGGACAGCUUAGUAAGUCACUUUAAAAAAAAUCUUGAACUAUUCCCUUGUUUAGACUUAUAGUUUAUUUUUUCCUUUUUGUAUGCUCUAAAUGAAGAGGAUUUUGACAAAAGGACUGAUAAAUAUGAUGAAAUUUAAUUGAUCUCUGAAUUUACAAAAAUGGAAAUGGUAGGUAAAAUGAAGUCAUUAAUCCAUUUAAAAAAUAUAGCAAAUGAUUAAAUUGAUGAAGAAUAAGUCAUUUCAAAGCUGAAAGAAGGAGCUUUUAAUAGAUAAAACUAACAAUUAGAGAGUCCUUGGGAGAUAGUUUAAAGGAUUAGAGAUAAGAUCCUGUUUAGCAAAGAUAUCGUUGUAAGAUAAAUAGGAGUUAUUUAGAUAGAGAAAAAGCAUAGUAAAUAAGAUGAGCUCUCUUUUUACAUAAAUAAAUUUAUUGAGUUAACUGAAAUGUCUUCGAGUUCUUAGCUGAGUUACACAAUCACUUAUUUAAUGAUUUAGAUUAGCUUCAUUUUAGAAAGAUUUAUCGUGUUAGAAAAUUAAUAGGCAGGAACGUAGACUGCUCAAUUGAGAAGUAAGGUUGGUGACAAAAGUUAUGAAAAACUUAUUUAAAUACUUAAAUAAUUUUUCAAAAGCACUUAAGUAUAGCAGCAAAGCUUUUUAAAAUUUUCAGUUUAAGAUAUCUACUUUAGGUUUUUGUCAGUUAAAAUUUUACUACAAUUUUAUGUCCUUAACUUUUAAUAAGAUGAUCUCUUCAUUCAUCUUUUGUUUUGCUAUUUGACAGAGAAAGACACUUAGAUAAAGAUUGUGUUUUAAAAUAGUAAAUAGUUUUGUCAUGAUUUAAAAGUAAAAUUAGAAUCGAAGGAAAAAGAUAAUUUAAUUUAGCAAGUUAUUCAAUACUAGCAAGAUAGAUUAAAGAACCUCGAAUCAAAUAAAAUUAGUAAAAGCGAAAUUCAAAAUAUUGUUGAUGAAAUAAAGAGUGUGGAUGAUUUUAUUUACAAAAUUUCUCUCAGUUUGAUCGAAAAAUGGGAAUUGGAGGCGAGAUAGAGACUUGAAGCAGAUAUUGCUGACAAAAAUGACAUCCUACUUGAAGUUUAAGAUCUUUAUAUAGAUUAAAAUAUCUAAUUUUUAGAAGGAAAAGACAUUUUCGAAGAAAAAAAUAAACUUGAAAGUAUAAAUGCUAUUAAUUUGAUUAGAGAGUUCUUUUUAAUUCCAAAGCAAAAGGAUAGUGACUAACAGUGUAAAAUACUAACAAUCCUAGCAGAAGGAGGUACAGGAAAAUCUAUGUUAAUCAAAAAAUUAGAAACUGCCUUAAUGAGGGAAAGAAGUAGCAGCAAUCAAUAGGAAAAAGAAAAAGGUAGUCAUGAAUUAUUGAAUAAAGAUUAUUCUUCAAAGAAAAAAGUGAAUUUUAUUCCUUUUAUGGUGAAAUGCAACUGUUUAACUGCUGAUAAUCCUUCAUUAGAGGAAUAUUUCAAGUAACAAGGCUUGAGUAUGAAUGAAAUUGAGUAGCUCUAGAAAAUGGAAAUACAUAAGCUCAUUUUGUUAGAUGGGUAUGAUGAAUUUACUGGAGAUUACUUUAAAAUUUACUAAAAACUGUAACUAAAUAACUGGAAGAAUACACUUUUUAUUGUUUCAUCAAGAAUGGAAAAAAUAACUUAGAAUGAUGCAAAAGUCUACUUUAGCGCCUAUGACUAAUAAGGAAAUAGGGAAGAGUCAUCUUAUUGCAUUGUUAAAUUAAAAGAAUUUGAAAAAAAAGAUAUUCUAGAAUAUUGUAAUAAAUUUUCUAACAAAUUUUACUUACAACAAAAGCAAGUGGAUACUUAGGAUUAACAAGAUCACAUGAAGCUAAAUAAUGAUGAAGAUAUUUCAGAAUAAUAAAAACAGUUUUAUGAUAUUAUGGAAUAGUGCUUGAAGAAUAACUAGCUAGAGAAUCUUUUGUUCUUGCCAAUUAACCUUUACUUGUUUACUAGACUAAUUAUUGGGAAGAGCUCCGAAGAAAUUAAAGAAAUGAUAAAAAAUAUAUCCGAUCAGAUUCAAAUUUAGGACAUUUUCUUCAAAGAGCAAUUUAAAAGAGAAGCUAUUGAUUUUAUUAACUAAAACGGACUAGAUAUUAGAAAUUAAUAGCUUCAAAAUGAAAUUUGCAAUUCGUAUUUCCUUUAUUUCCAAACAAUUGCGAUGCAAAUGUUCCAAAAUAAAGGCAAGUAAUCUAAUUUCUUACAAUUGUAUAAGAAUGAAAUUAAUUUUGAACUUUAGUAAAUCCAGUUCUAAUCUCUAAAUUAAAAAUAUAUCGAACCCUUAAAAUAUAAAAUUUAGAACUACGUUAAUACAAAGAUCAUAACAAGAGUCAAGGAUGUUGAGAUUGAUUAGGAUUUGUACUAGCAGGAAAAAGAUUAAAACAUGCAAAUUAUAGAAUUUAAGCAUAAAUCUCUAUAUGAGUAUUUUGCGGCUAGGGCUAUGAAACAUGACUUUGACCAACAUAAAGAAGAUAUUUAUAAAUUAGAUAUGUCUAAGCUUAGUCAAUUUAAUAUUAAUAAAAGAAUAAUUAUGACUACUCAAAAGAAUGCCUCAGAGCAAUAGAUUCUUUUAAAAUUAUACAAAAUCAUCAAAUCAGAUAUAGACUCAGAAUCUUUUAAGUAAAAUUAUUUCUAAGAGGAUAUUGCUUUAACGAAUAGAUACAUUCAGUAUUUGAAAAAGUCUUAGAUUUCUUAACCAAGCGAAAAAAGCUAGAUAGAUGUUGGAUCUUCUAACUUAUUAUCAGCUCUCUUUUUGUCAAAGUUUUCUUUCCCUUCGUUAGAAUUUUCCAAAUGCUCCUUCUCUUAAGCUUAUUUGCCAGGUCACUCUCGUAAGUGUGCAAAUUUUUAAGAUUGCAAUCUAGAAAAUUCCUUCUUAGAAAACUAAUAUUUUGAAAGGUUUGAAACAUCUAACACCAAACACUCAGUAACAAGCUCAAUUUAAAAGAUAUUUGCUUAUGAAGAUGUUUAUACAUUUUCAAAUGCAAUUUUUUACAAAGACACAAUAAUAUCUAUCACAAAAACAGGAUAUAUUAAUUAAUUCUAGUUUAUCUCAGACAAAGAUUCAUCUAUUCAUAAGAAACUUAGAUCGAAUUAAAUUACAAGUACUUGUUUGAAAUAAAUUUAUUUUGUGAGUAGCGAAGACAUAUUCCUAACUAGGACAGAAAAAUCUCUUUUUGAGAUUGAUUGCAAUUCUUUUGAAAAAUUGAGAACCUUCUAAUUUUCAGAUAAGAUAAUUAACUUAUAAAUAAAUAAUUCAAAUUAUAUUGUAACUUUAGCUAAUGAAUUAAACUAUUUUGGUAAUAUCAAGGAUGGCUUUAAAUAAUUAGAUUAAAUCCAAGGGUGUGUUUAUCAAUUUAUAAACGACACAAUUAUCACGACUUAAAACAAUAUAAUUUAUUUUUACAAUAUUAAAAAUCAGUAAUUAAUUAAAUCUAGAGAUUUUAAUGACAGUAGUUUAAAUAUUUCUGCUAUCUCUGCAGAUGGAAAAUAUCUUGCAACAGUAAAUCCAGAUGGUUUAUCAUGUAAUAUCUACGAUUUAAAGGAAUUCGAUUUAAUAAAAAUAAUUGAUGGCUAUUCUCAGUAGAUUACUUCAAUAGCUUUUUCUAAAGAUGGAAAUCAUUUUGCGAGUGGUUCUUUAGAUUAAAAUUGUAAAGUUUUUAAUGUAUAGAAAUAGUUUGAGCUAGCUCACAUAUUUUAAGAAAACCCAUCUGCAAUAUCUUCAGUUAGUUUUUCUCUAGAUAACAAAUAUCUCUUAUUGACUUAUGAGUAGUCUUUGUGUGUAUAGAGUGUAAAAAACAAAUUUUUAAACUUAAAAAGAAUAGAAGCUCAUACUUAAAUAAUGAAAAGUAUGGCUCUUUCGUCUGAUGGGAAGUAUCUUGCAACAUGCUCUUUCGAUAAAACCUGCAUCAUUUGGGAUAUGUAAAAUGAAUUUAAUAUGGUGCAUUAAAUUUAAGCGCAUACUGAAAGUGUUAACUACAUUACCUUUUCUCCUGAUGGAAAAUAUUUAGCAACAAUUUCAUAAGAUAAAACAUGUAAAAUUUGGGAUGUUGAUAACAAAUUUUAGCUUUUCGAUAAAAUAUAAGGUGAUUAAAUUAAUAUAGACUCUAUUGCAUUUUCAGCUGAUGGAAAGUAUUUAGCAGCAACCAACCUUGAUAAAACUUUCAAAAUUAUGAAAUUUGAAAAAGGAUUUUAAACUAUAAAAAAAAUAGAAAAUUAAAGCGCUUAUGAUUUUUACAGUAAAAUAAAAUUUUCUAGAGAUAUGAAAUAUUUGGGUGUAAUUAAAGGCUCAUAUAUAUGUGAAAUUUAUGAUGUGAGUAAAGGAUUUGAAUUAGUCAAAGAAAUUUUGAAUGUAAGCACAUUUGCUUUCUCUCCUAAUGGAAAUUAUUUAGCUACUGGUUGCUGGGAAAAAUCUUGUAGGAUCUAUAGUGUUGAAAGAAACUUUGAAUAAAUUGCGAUAACAGAAGAGCACAGUAAAGACAUUACAUCUAUAGAUUUUUCAUAAGAUGGUAAAUAUCUUGUAACUGGUUCCUCAGAUACUACAUGCAAAAUAUGGAGUAUUGAAAAAGACUUUUAACUUAUAAACACAACUUUUGGACAUACUUAAAAUAUUUAUUAAGUUGCAUUUUCUGUCGAUUCAAAAUAUUUAGUUUCACUCUCUGGCGAUCAAACUUUUAAAAUCUGGGGUCUUGAUAAAUAAUUUGAGUACAUAAAAUCCCUAAAAGGACAUGCUAAUGCAAUCACCUCAGCAAUUUUUUCUCCAAGCUGCAAAUAUCUUAUCACAAGCUCAGAUGAUUCAACUUGCAGAGUUUAUGAUACAGAAAAAGGGUUCGAAGUUAUUAGUACAAUUAAUUAGCAUGCAUAAAAAGUUACUUCUGUUGACUUUUCCCCAGAUGGUAAAUAUUUAGCAACAGUUUCGUGGGAUUAAACAUGCAAAAUCUUUAAUGCACUAAAGGAAUUUGAGCUAGUUAUUUCUAUUUAAGCUCAUGACUUCUUUAUUUCUUAUUGUAAAUUUUCAUAAGAUGGAAAGUAUCUAGCAACGUGUUCAUGGGAUUAAUCUUGCAAAAUAUGGGACGUAAAUAAUGAAUUCCAGUUAUUACACACAAUACGGGGACAUUCACUAGAAAUAAUUUAAGUUACUUUUUCUUAUGAUGGCAAGUAUCUUGCAACAUGUUCUUUGGAUGAAACUUGCAAGAUUUGGAAUGCUCAAAAAGAAUUUGAAAUCAUUACCACAAUUCAAGGGCACACAUAAGGAGUUACUUCUGUUGCUUUUUCUAAAAAUGGUAAAUAUUUUGUAACAGGAUCUCUAGAUAAUUCUUUUAAAAUAUGGGAAGUAUAGAAUUAAUUUUAACUCAUAAAAACUAUUGAACAACACACUCAUACUGUAUCUUCUAUUUGUUUUUCAUUAGAUGAUAAAUUUCUUGCAACUGGCUCUGAAGAUAAAACUUGUAAAAUUUGGGAUGUAGAAAAUUAAUUUGAGCUUACUUGCAUAGUUGAAGGACACAGUAAGGAUAUUCUUCAUAUAAGCUUUUCUCCUGAUGGAAGGUAUCUCACCACUUCCUCUCAAGACAUUUCAAGCAAAAUUUGGACUACAAAAAAAUUAUCCUAAUAAAAAAAUUAAGAUAAUAUAACUGCUUUAGCAUAUUCGACUGAUGGAAAGUAUAUUGCAAGUUGCUCUGGAAAUAAUUAAUGGAAAAUUUGGGAAUAAUCUACCAACAUGAAUUUGAAAAUUAGUAACCUAAAACCUUGCAAUUCCUAAUCAAACAAUUAAAUUGAAUUCAUCAUAAAUUCUGGUGUUAAUAAUAAGCAUGAAAAGGCUGACAAUGUAGCUUUAGGAAGUUUAAAAGAAGAAAAAAUUAAAUUCAAUUUAAUCUAACAAAUUUAAAAUUCCAAAAACUCCAACUUAAAUAAAAUAAGUUAUUAAUAAUUAUAUGAAUUAUGA